CGUCCAUGGCAUGAACAGUUACGGACGUCCUUGGCAUUGAUGGUUACAGGCGUCCUCGGCAUUGACUGACACGGACGUCCUUGGCAUUGAUGGUUACAGGCGUUCUUGGCAUUGACAGACACGGACGUCCUUGGCAUGGACAGAUACGGACGUUCUUGGCAUGGACGGUUACCGACAUCCUUGGCAUUGACGGAUACGGACGUCUCUGGCAUCGACGGAUACACGACACCGCAGUCCAUGCCUCUGCCUUGCCGGGUCCUUGAUGGGAAACCAACUGGACCGGAUCACCCACCUCAACUACAGCGAGCUGCCCACGGGGGAUCCGUCCGGGCUGGAGAAGGACGAGCUGCGCGUCGGCGUCGCCUACUUCUUCUCCGACGAGGAGGAGGAGGCGGGGGACGAACGCACGCCGUCCGACUGCGGCUUCGGCAAGGAGCUGAGCCCGGCCGACGAGGAGGAGCCGGAGCCGGAGGAGGACGGCAACGGCGGUGGGGGAUUCUCCCUGAGCGAGGUGGAGUACUCGGCUUUCCGCGCGCAGGAGUGCAUCUUCUCCAAGCUGCGAGAGAACCAGGACCUGGACGUGUACGCGGCCAGCACUUUGCUGGGCGUCUGCAAGCCGGGCGACCUGCUGGAGCUGGUGGCCGCCGCGCAACCGCCGCACUGGGCCGUGUGCGAGCGCGACGGCCGGGUCAUCCACCUGCACAAGGGCGAGAUCCGGCGGGACGGCCUGCUUGAGGCGUGCAACGGACGCCGCGGGAGGAUCGCCAACAGCCGCUACCGCUACCGACCGCUGCCCGCCGACCUGGUGGUGCAGAACGCCGCGGGCCACGUGGGCCUGCGGAGCGACGAGAUCUGCUGGAGCGACUCGGAAAGUUUCGCCGCCUGGUGCCGCUUCGGCAAGCGGGAGUUCAAGGCGGGCGGCGAGGCGCACUCGGCCGAGCAGCAGUACGUCCUCAAGGUGCGCCUGGCCGGGCGCGGCGUGCACACGCUCGGCUUUCGCAGCUUGGAGGACAUGAUCCGCGAGAGGCGACGGAUGGACGCCAGCGGGAUUCUCCGAGAACUCUCCAAGGACUGACGGAUCGGACCCGACCCGACCGGAACGGACCGGGGAUUCCCUUUCAUAACUGCGCGCGGACCUGUUGGCUUUGGACCACGCCGCGAUGCGUUCAAAGACCGCCGUGGAGACGAGACGACCCCCACCUUAACUCGUUCGCGGCCAUUGACAAGGCGUUCAGUUUGAACCGGGAGAGAAGGAUCAUAUUCCGUUGACGGCGACGGACGUCCAAUUUGAACCGGGAGAGUAAAGGAUCCUAUUCCAGUGCCAUUAACGGCUAUGGAUGUCCAAUUUGAAUGAGCACAUUCUUGUGCCAUUGACUGUGACAGACGUCUUUUUUUGACUGGCUUUGGACCUCACCGCGAUGUGUUUAAAGACCUCGGACGUGCUGUGGAAUGUGGAACCGUGGAAACAAAACAACCCCCACCUUAACUCGCUCGCUGCCAUUGACGGUAAUAGACGUCGAAUUUGAAACGGGAGUAAAAAUAUCGUGUUCCAGUGCCAGUGACGUCAAAAGAUGUAAUGAGUAUCUUCCAGUGCCAUUGACGAGGACUGACGUCCAAUUGGAACUGGGAAAGAGAAGAAUCGUGCUCCAGUCCUACUGAUGGAAAUAGGCGUCCAUUUUGAAACGUGAGCAUAAAUGAGCAUAUUCCAGUGCCAUUGACGGAGGUGGACGUCCAAUUUGAACAAGGGGAGAAAGAUCCAGUGCCACUGGUCCAAUUUGAAAUUGCGUUGUUCUUGUACCAUGUCUAAUUCAAGAGUAAAGGAUAAAAUGCCGGUGCCAUUGACGGCUAGGGAUGUCCAAUUUGAACUGGGAUUGCACAAGAAUCAUAUGCCAGCGCCAUUGACAGGGUUAGAAGUCCAAUUUGAACUGGGAGAGAAGGAUCACGUUCCAGUGCCACUGACGUCGGAAAACGUCCAGAUUCUUUUAAACUGUGAGGACUGGCUGUGAAGUUUCACUGCCAUUGACGGCGCUAGCUAGAACAUCUAGGAACGUCAAUGGCAGCCAACGAGGAGAGUGACUGAGUGCCAUGUAAGGAACGAUCGCUGCUAGCCCCUCUCCGAGUCCAAGUGGAUUGGACGUCUAUCCCAGUCAAUAGCAGUGAAUGAGCUAAAAAAGCCACCCCCUCUCAUGACUUAUUUUUGCCUUGAUUUCCCCCUGGAUGCUGGAUUUUUCGGAAUACAACUGCGCCCCCCUAUUUUUUUAGCUUUAAGACUUCCUCUCACGGUCACACAUAAGCUGCCUAAAAACAGAGAAAAAAAGAAGCGCCACUUCUCGCCAUAUAACGACAACAUACCGCAACGGAUGUGUGUAAAAACAAAAUGUAUUUCUUUAUUUUUGUAUUUGCGUUGAGUGGAUUUUCGAGCCCCUGAUCUUUUUUUUUCUUUUGGUUGAAAUAAAUGGAGGUUGAAAUAUGAAAACAAGUCCAGCAGGUGUUAUUAGGUUUGCACACAAACACGCUAGCGCGAUUACUCACCGUAUGAAUUAUUAAUAUCUGGCUGACCUGCCCGGGGCGUGAUAGGCUUCAUAUAUCUUUGCAUAUUUGAGAGGAAACAGUCAUUUACAUGGGAGGAAUCCAAGUGGAAUUUAUGCGGGUGUAGCGUUGGGGUUUUUUCAUUAAAGAUGAUGAGCGUCAUGUUGUUUCCAGGGGAUGAAGGUAAUCUUGUUUAAUGCUCGCAUGGCUUGACGGCGGGUGAAUGCGCAUGGAAGGUUUUGCUGUGCUAUUGUGGGGGUGUCGGGUUUGAAUCUGGAGUCGUUUGAAAAAAUGAUUAGUUUUGAUGGUACCGUAACGUUCUACUUUUUUCCCUCAUUUUGAAUCCUGCAACUUAAUUCUUGAUUUAUUUGAGUUAAGAGGUAACAUUUUAUUCGACAUAAGACCAAAUGAACCAACAUUAAGCUUUGAACCAAUUAGCAACAAAGCUUAAUUGCUUUAAGAAGCUUCAUUUAGCUAUCACUGCGCCCUUGGGGGAGACAGUCAACCUCUGCUGCCACCUGCUGUCAACAAUGUUGUCGUCCAACAUGCGUCCUAGCAUGCAUUGCAGUGCUACAGAUGUAAAUAUCAAUCAAAAUUCAUGUUCUGUGCUAAUUAUUUCUUCAGUUACUGUUCCAGUUUCAUUAAUUGCUAGUUAUGGUAUUUGGUAACACUUUGACAGUGGCACUAUUAGAUUGUCAUAAGACCAUCAUAAUUAUGACAUGCCUCGUCCUGCAACAAUUAAUCGAUUAACUGGAGUAAUUCGAUUAGAAAAAAGAUUAGAAUUAAAAUUUGCUGCUUCGAGUAUUCGUUUAAUUAAAGUGGCGUUGUAAUGGUUUGUUUUGAAAAUGUUUGCAUUUAGUUUGAUUGAUUUGGGUGGAUACACUGCCCUCUAGUGGCAACAGUUACCAUGACAUAACUCAUUUCACAUAGCUGAAUCCAGCUGCUCCCUGUUAAGACCAACACUAGCUAAGUUUUUGUUUGAGCUAUUUUUUUUUAAUGCAUUCGUAAUUUAGCCGUUUUUUUGUCAAAAUAUGUGUUUGGACCAUUUGUUAUGAGCAUUGUAAAAACAAAAAAGUGUUAGCAUUUUAUAUAAUUUAAGCUAGCAGACUUUUGCUAUGUAAGUAAGCCGAUUGUUCUUUUGUUGCACUUAGAUCCCCAUUUAUUUUUUUUAUACCGUUUGAGGCUCAGCUCAGGUAUUUUAAUUUUUAAUGUUUCUUAUCUGACAACUACAGUUGUUCAUCGAUUAAUCGACUACUAAAAUACCCCAUAGCUGCAGCCCUAUAAGACUGUCAUAAAACCAAAUGAACCACCAUGAAGCUUUGAGCCAAUUGUCAGCAAAGCUUCAUUGCUUUAAGAAGCUUCAUUGGCCAUCACUUCUUUCUUGGGGGAGACAGUCAACCUCUGCUGCCACCAGCUAUCAACAUUGUUGUCAUCCAACAUGCCUUCUGGCAUGCAUCGCAGCGCUACAGAUGUAAAUAACAAUCAUAAUUCAUGUUCUGUGCUAAUUAUUUCUUCAGUUACUGUUUCAGUUGUUUCAUUAAUUGCUAGCUAUGAUAUUUGGAAACAGAAUAUUUGACAGUGGCAUUAUAACACCAUCGUAAUUAUGACAUGAAUAGUGCUGCAACGAUUAAUCGGUUAAUUCAAUUCGAUUAGAAAAGAAUUAAAUUUUGCUGCUUCGAGUAUUCGUUUAAUUAAAGUGGCGUUGUAAUGGUUUGUUUUGAAAGUGUUUGCAUUUAGUUUGAUUGAUUUGGGUGGCUACACUACCUUCUAGUGGCAACAGUGAAUAUGCCAUAACUCGUCUAACAUGGCUGAAUCCAGCUGCUCCCUGUUAAGACCAACCUAAGCUAAGUAUUUGUUUGAGCUAAUGUUUUUUUAAUGCAUUCGUAAUUUACUGUAUAGGUCUAUUUAGCCGUUUGGU